UAUCUUAUAAGUUGGGUUUGACGAAAUAUUAUCAUUUAUUGCAGCAAUCGCGUUCGAAAUACUAUUAAUUUUGUUUAGUUUGCCGGAAAUAAAACCGAAAAAAAAAUUGUAUUGAUUUAGUAAAACGACGCCAUUUUGAAUUGCGUGAUGUACGUCGGCUUUUAUGAUUUCCGCUUGAAAAAUUCGUUGUUUUCACCGUUUCAUUGGAUACGGACAUUAUUUACAAAAUCUGUUAAACGUAUUCGGUGCUCGCAUUUAGCUGAGUGCUCGUGGCUAUGGAGCCCCUUAACCCCAAUUUACUGACACAGACGCUGAACUUCCACGGCCAGCAGAUGCAGAAGCUGUGGGAGUCGGAACGCGGCGAACAGGAUCUUGUCAAAAACAGCAUUCGAGACCUCAAUUACGACGUUUAUAAUAAACGCAACAAGCACUUGUCCUUCCAGGAUAGAGGAAAAAGGCUCAAACUUCAACAGUUUAUCGUCAGAAAGGCGAAUGUUAUCUUUUCACCUGAGAAUACAGCUGAAAAAAAUAAACCUCCCACUGAGGAAUCUGUUAUUACGGAAGAUAUGUAUGCCAUUAUGCCUCCUUUGGAAACUUAUUUAACUGCCGAUAAACAAGCUCGACUUAAAUAUUUUUUUGAGAAUGUAAAAAUUGGAGAUUUAAUUUUGGGAACAAUAAUGAGCAAGACUCAAUCAGGGAUGAUGUUGAAGGUACUUUGCACUACAGGAAUAGGAGCAACUGUAUAUUAUGUCCAUGAUAUAAAUGUAAAGGCAUUUUGUCCUGUUGCCAAUAUAAUACCAGCAGUUGAUCGUAAAGGCGUCAGUAGAAGUUACAUGAUGAACGAUUCAGUUUGUUGUGAGGUUCUUGAAGUUAUUCCUGACACUGAUAAAAUGGUCUGCGGUAUGAAGGGCACCACACGUGAACCUAACGAUCCGCCACACCGUCCCGCAUUGGGAUUGGUUAGUGCUGAUGAUUUUCCAUUGGUUUACAAGAAAGCUUUGGAUCACAAGAAUGACAAUUACGAAAGUGUACUGGAGAAGAGUGUUGGUUUCAACAAUCCCAACAAUAUUUCUUAUUUGGCUUCACAAAUGGGCAUUGAUACUCAUCAAAGUCUUAUGGAUGGGUUAAGAGGAAGAUUUCCUGAACCAGAAUACGCAUCAGAAUUACGUCAACAACAAGCUAGUAAAUGGGCAUACAGCAACGUUGCAGAUGGAAUUGAUCAUUUCAAAGCUGGACGACACACCGAAGCUUUUCAAUGCUUAAACAAAGCUUUAAAUAUAGACCCAAAAAAUGUUGAAGGUUUAGUGGCUAGAGGAGCUUUAUUUGCAAACAGCGGUAAUUUUCAAAAAGCAAUUGAAGACUUUGAAACCGCUUUAAAAUUAAAUCCGAAUCACGCAAAUGCUAGAAAAUAUAUGGGCGAAACAUUAGUUGCUUUGGGCCGUAGUUAUGAGGAAGAAAAUAAAAUAGAAGAUGCUAGAAAAGCUUAUCAAAGUUGUUUAGCGAUAAUUCCAUUUCAUGAGGAAGCGCAAAAUUCGUUGGAAUUUUUGAAAAGUAAAAGCCAAACCAAGAAUUUAAUUGAACCAAAUGAGUUGUUAUUACCUAAUUUGGCAGCGGGGGGUGUUUCAAAACAACCAGAUGUUCAUGAUACAUUAAAACAACUAUUAAAAGGCGAAGAAGAAGAGAAAAAAGAUAAGAAAAAAAAGAAGAAAAGUAAGAAAAAGAAAAAUCGUAGACGAUCAAGUUCGACUUCAAGUUCUUCCUCUUCUGGGAGCAAUGAGAGUUCGAGUAGUUCAUCAUCAAGCAGUUCAGAUUCAAGCUCCACAUCUGGUGGUUCUGACUUUAAAAAGCACAAAAAACGUCGUUCUCAAUCGCAUAGAAGAGAAAAACAAAGCUCUUUAUCACCCCUAAGCAAAAGAAUGGCUCUCAUGGAUCCAAGUCACGAAGCUCCAAUGAACUACCAAUUCAAUAAACCAGCUGCUUCAAAUUCGUUCGAUUUUUCGUUUGAACAACCAGAACAACCGAAAGCUCCACCAGAACCUGAUGACUAUGAGCAUAAAGUUCGUGCAUUUUUAGAUCAGACGAAAGGCGAUUCUGAUUAUGAGGAUAAGGUAAGGAAAUUUUUAGAGGAGAGCACCAAAUGGAAGAAAGAAAAACGUGGCGAAGAAAAAAAGAAAAAGAAGAAGAAGGACAGGAAAUCCAAAAAGGAAAACAAGAAAAAGAGGAAGAAGGAGAAGCGUCGUAAGCAAUUCGAUUUAAGUGAAUAUGAACUUAGAGAUGCUCUUAAAAAAGAAUUGGGAAUUAAGGAUAAAGAAAAAAAGAGUAAAAAACAUGGAUUAAAUUCAGAUGAUGAAGAAUAUUUGUUACAUAAAGUUACAGCAAGUAAGAAAUUUUUGGAAAGUCUUCCUGAUUUAGAAGAACUUGAAUCGAAAUUAUCUGCAUAUUACGCUCUCGAAAAAGAAUCUAAAAGGAGUGAACUUAGUGAUAGUCCGAAACGCCUAAUGGACUCUCCCUCUCCAACUAGGGAACAAAAAGCUCGACAAGCGGUUGCGGAAGCUUCCGCCGCUAGUGGCGUUCCAAAAUGGAAGAUGCAAAUUGGUCAGGCGACGGCUGGUAGUUCUCGUUUCAAGAAGAAACCGGAACGCGAAGAUUGGCAUGAUGACUCUGAAAAACAACAACGUUUAAGCAAGAAUGGUGAGCUUGAUAUGGGUGGGUCAUCAAAGAAGAUUGCCCCGGUUCCUCCACCAAUGUCUGAUGAAAAAAUGGGCGGUUUACGCAAACCCAUGUCUAUGAAGGAUACAGUGUCAAAGAAGACGGAAUCGGAGCUUUUGAAAAAAUUGAGGCCAGCUCCUCCGGGUCCCCCUAAACCAGUUAUACCGCCAGGACAGGUGGUUUUGGACAAGUUUGGAAAUUUCAGGCUUAUGACACCACCGAAGGAGAUGAGCAGAGGUUCGGAACCUGACUUACCACCUUUACCAGCUGGUGCACCACCUAAAGGGUCAUUUGCAGGUCGUAAACCUCCAGAACCACCAGGUAGACCACGUUCCAUGUCAAAAUCACGAAGCCGCUCUCGUUCUAAACCUCGUUACACCCGCUCAAGAUCUUCAAGUCAAUCUCGCUCAAGAUCUCGCAGUUAUCGUAGUCGUUCUAGAUCGUAUUACAGCCGAUCUCGGUCACGUUCCGGAUCUUAUUAUUCCAGGAGUAGAUCCCGUUCUCGCAGUUAUUCCGGGGAACGUCGUCGUUAUAAUAGGCCUCGAGGAGGUUUUCGUGGGCGUUACAACGAUCGAGGAACUUAUUACAAACCGAGAUUCCAAAAUCCGCGUCAAAAUUAUCAAAGGGGUGGUCGUGGAAAUUACCGUGAUUACAGGAAUGAUAGGGAUUAUAGGGGUGGACGAGGUGGUGGUAGACCAUAUUAUAAUCCACGUGGUGGGAGGAGGCCGCGUGGUGGAAGAUUCCGAGGUGGUGGGGGUUAUCGUGAUUACAGGGAUAGAAGAUAUGAUAGGAGUAGGUCAAGGGAUAGAAGUAGGUCGUUUAGCGGAAGCAGAGAUAGGGAUUCUGUGGAACCACCAAAGAAAAUUCAUGAUGCUGAUAAGGAUAAGAUUAAUAAGUAUGCUGAUGGUGAUGGGGAACCAAUUAGGCAUGAAGGACCGUUGUCUGAAGGUGAGGAUAGAGAUGAUUAUACUACGGAGAAGUUUGUGGAUAGAGAGGCCUAUGAUGGGAAGUGGGCUGAGAAGGAUGAUUCUGGAAGAGGUGAUGGCGAUGAUGGUAGGGAUGAUGGUGGAAAAGACAUUCCUUCAGAAACGAAUAUUGAGGAGAUGGAUAAAUUUUUAACUAAGGUAAAGAAGGAUAAGAAGGAAGAGAUGAUGGAAAGAAACAAGGAUUUUUUAAAGAAUAAGGAAUAACUUUAAUGGCCAAUUUUACGUUCUUAGGUGUAGUUUUAUGAUUAUUGUUGAUUGAUUGUAAAAUAAUAAUUGGAGUUUGAAAAAGAUACAUUUCCAGAUUAUCACAAUUUGUAGUGUGGCUUUUUUGUUUUACACUGUAUUCGAUUGUAGUUCAACAAAAAAAAAUAAAGGGUAGUGUAUAAAAUA